AACCACCCCUGCGGAGGGUUUCAUUAUUUUUUCAUCAGCCUGAGUGAAGCAGUUUGGACACUGUGCACCAAAUUCCAACAUGCCCACCAAGAACAUGACUGAGGAGCGGCUCUCCAAGUUUAAAAACAAAGGGAAAGAUCCCAUGAAACUUCGAGAGAAGAGGAUCUCUGAGUGUGUGGAGCUGCGUAAAGCUCACAAGAAUGAGAACUUCCUGAAGAGGAGAAAUAUAACCCUUUCAUCUCUCCCAGACGAGGAGGCCCUUUCUCCUGACUACAUAUCCAUGGAUAAGGUGACUGCUUUGCCCAUUGAGGAAAUAAUUAAAAACGUGAACAGUGAGUGCAGGGAGGCCCAGAUCCGAGGCUGUCAGGCAGCCAGGAAACUGCUUUCUCAGGAACGUAACCCUCCUCUGAAAGAGAUUAUAGAUGCUGGCCUGCUGGCCCGCUUUGUGUCCUUCCUGUGCAUGGAUGAUGAGCCGACUCUGCAGUUUGAGGCAGCUUGGGCUCUCACAAACAUUGCCUCUGGAACGUCUUGGCACACACAGCAGGUAGUGGAACAUGGGGCUGUCCCAGCUUUCAUCUCCUUGCUGGCCUCACCAAUGUUGCACAUCAGUGAACAAGCUGUUUGGGCGCUAGGAAAUAUUGCAGGUGAUGGUUCGACUUUUCGGGAUGUCCUGAUUGACUGCAGCGUUAUCCCUGCCUUACUGGCUCGCAUCUCUCCAGACACACCAAUUGGCUACUUGCGUAACUUGACAUGGACACUGUCCAACCUGUGCCGAAACAAGAACCCAUUUCCUCCCUUGUCUGCAGUCCUGCAGAUGCUUCCCUCUCUGAUACAGUUGCUUCAUCUUGGUGAUGACGACAUCUUAUCGGAUGCUUGCUGGGCAAUCUCCUACCUGUCGGAUGGUGACAAUGACCGCAUCGAUGUCGUAGUGAAAACUGGCAUCGUUUCCAGACUGGUGGAGCUCAUGAACCAUGAUUCCAUCAGUGUCAUGACCCCCGCUCUGCGCUCCAUUGGGAACAUAGUGAGUGGCUCUGAUCUGCAGACCCAGAUGGUGAUUGAUGCUGGAGUUCUGAAUGUUCUUCCCAAGUUGAUGAGGCACUCAAAGCCCAGUGUGCAGAAGGAGGCAGCGUGGGCAUUGUCGAACAUUGCUGCAGGACCCUGUAAGCAAAUCCAACAGCUUAUCACUUGUGGCCUGCUUCCUCCUCUGGUCGAACAGCUGAGAAGUGGAGAUUUCAAGACUCAAAGGGAAGCAGUGUGGGCAGUGACCAACUUCACCAGUGGGGGCACUGUGGAGCAGGUGGUCCAUUUGGUGCAGAGUGGAGCCCUGGAAGCGAUAAUCAAUCUGCUGCAGGUCAAAGACUCCAAAGUCAUUCUGGUCAUUCUGGAUGCCAUUAACAACAUUUUCAUGGCUGCAGAAAAGCUGGGUGAGACGGAAAAGCUGACCCUGUUGGUGGAAGAGCUGGGAGGACUAGACCGCAUUGAGAUGUUACAGAAUCAUGACAAUGAGAUGGUGUACCAAGCAGCGCACAACCUCAUAGAGAAAUACUUCAGUGACGGUGACAUUGAGGGAAUCGUGGCUCACACUACAGAGGAUGCGUUUGUUUUUAAGACAUCUGAUAUUCAGAAGACAUUUGAAUUUUAAAUGCAAACCUGUUAAUGUAAAAAAUAAAACUGUAUUAAAGUGUUUGGGUAGUAUGACUA